GUAAAUGCCCACAGGAAGUCAAGCUACGUGUUUGCUAUGAAACGAAAGUCCGUUAUUACUAUGAUUCAAAACAGAACAAAUGUUUGCAAUAUGGUUUACGCGAGUGUGCAGCCAAUACGAAUUCUUUCAACAGUAGAAGAAUGUGCUUGGCGCAGUGUGUAAAGUAG